AUGCUCAUCCAGAAGCCACAAUUCACCUCCGUCAAACUCAUCCCGUCCGACAACGGGACCCGCUACAAGUCUCCCGCAAAGGCGUCAUGCAUGACUGUCAUCGACCGGUUUGCGACGCUGGAGGACGCCGCGUACUGCUACGCUAUGCUCACGCCCGAGGGGCGUGAGGAUGCGGCCAAGCUCGCCAAGGCGGAGGCGCUGCGGCAGGAGCAGGACAUGACGAGCGCCCAGGCCAUAGCGACGGCCGACGAGGAGGGGCUGGAGCUGCAGACGGGCGGCUCGGGCUUUGUGGGCGUUUACAAAACGCCUCCGACCUUCAAACUGCCUUUCCAGGCACGCGUGUGGCGCGGCGGCAAGUACGCUAUCCUCGGCUACUUCGCGUCGGCUGAGGCGGCCGCGCUCUGCUACGCCCGCUCGCCCGAGGGCCGGGCAGCGGCGGAGGCCAAGCGCGCUAAGGCGCAAGCGCUGCCGCCGAUGACAGCUGAUGCUGCGCUGGAGGCGGCGGCGGCGGAGGAGCUGUACUACGACGCGCUCCAUGUCAAGAACGGAAUCGUCAAAAUUUGUCUCGUCGAAAGCCAGGGCGGCAUUGCGCCGCCGACCAAGAGAAUCAUCUUCAACUUCGCCAAAGAGGUCGGCAGCCCGAGCGCCGUCGACCGCACCGACUACGGCACAGCCUCCGGCAGCGCCCGGGGCUUCGCCCAGCACCACUCGCAACAGCUCUCGCGCGCCGCCGUCUGUGGCGACGCGCAAAACAUCGACAACGCUGCUCGCAACAUGCGUGUCGCGCACUCAUUCAUGACCGGUCUCAAUAUGCUGCUGCGCAGGCUUCUUCUGCUUUGGGGCGGCGCCUCGAGCGGCCUCGCAGCGUACCCACCGAUGGGCUGGCGGAGCUGGAAUUGCUUUGGCGGCGCGGUCUCACAGGACAAGAUGAUCGCGACCGCGGAGGCCAUGACGCGGCUGCGGAAGGGGCUCGACGGCGAGACCACCUCACUCCUCUCGCUGGGCUUCUCCAAUCUGGGCCUUGACGAUGGGUGGCAAGCCUGCGGCGAGGGUCCACGUGAGUCAUUUCAUGACGCGUCCGGCGGACCGAUUGUCAACCAGGACCGUUUUCCCAAUAUGGCUCACAUGACGGCGGAUGCGCAUGCAAAGGGGCUCACCGUCGGGUUUUACGCCAACAACUGCAUCUGCCCCGAACGCGCCUCGCCGUCGGCGCUCGGCCGCUCCCGGGCACUCGGCGUGGCGCACGACCAAGGAGACGCCAAUGCGCUGAUAGAGUGGGGAUUUGACUCGGUCAAGGUCGAUGCCUGCGGGCCAUACCUGAACAUGUCGCGAUGGUCCGAGCUGCUACAAGGAUCCGGCAGGCCGAUCCUCCUCGAGAACUGCCACUGGGGGCUGUGCGAAUCCGCCGGCCUCGGCGAGCGGGUGGCCAAUGGUAAUUCGGGAUGUCCGGAGCGGCGGCCGGACGGGAGCGUCGAUUGUCCCUUCCACUACUUUCGUACGAGCGGCGACAUCGACGGAAGCCGAUACGGCUGGCUGCGCAACCUCGAGAGCGCCGUGAGAUUCCUCAGUCGCGACGCGCCCCUUGCAGGGCGGGGCUGCUGGGCCUUCCCGGAUAUGCUCGAGGUUGGCAACAUGGACGAGCCGGAGCCCUGGGAGUGGGAGCAAGCGCACUUUGGGGCGUGGCUGAUCAUGUCCUCGCCGCUCGUCCUUGGGUUUGACCUGCGCAACGACUCGCUCGUGUCCGCCGCCUGGCCCUUUAUCGCAAACACAGAGGCGCUCGCGGUCAGCCAGAGCUACGCAGGCCACCCAGGCUGGAGGUUUGCCGCGUGGACGCCUGCCGGCUCGCGCCCGAUCGACUAUGUCCCGCGUCCUCUGGACUCUGGUUGGUGCCAGUACGGGGAGCAUCGGUGGCCGUGUCCAGUGUACACCGCGAAGGAGCCCCUCCAGCUAGUGCAGGUGUGGGCAAAGCCGAUGCCCGCCGGCAGGCUCGCGCUCUUUGUGCUCAACGCUGACGCGCACCACGCGCACUCUUACGCCUUGCGGCUGGAUCAGCUCGGCAUGCCGUCGGCUGUGGCCGUGCGCGACUUGUGGCGUCGGCGCGAGAGAGGCGGAGCGUCGAAGCGGCUCAGCGGCAACGUGCCGAGGCUGUCUUCUGAGCUCCUACUGCUCUCGCCGCUCUCCCGCCAGCUAUCGAGCCAGCCGUGA